GGCCAAGAGGCCACAGAACUAUGCACAGCUACACAGCCUGUGAAUACAGAACCGCCCUGCCCAGACCAUGGGAGGUCCCCGCCUCAUCGCCUUUCACAUCCUACAUGCGCUGUGUGUCCUGCUGAUUCUGUUGGAAGAUGGACCCCAGAGCACCAGGGCCUCUGCCUGUCGCCGGCCGUGCCCUGCAAACUCCUCAUGUGUCAAUGGCACUGCCUGUCGCUGUAACCCAGGAUUCAAAUCUUCAUCUGGGGAGACUGACAUCAGCUACAAGGAUCGUUGUGAAGACAUUGAUGAAUGUGAACAAGACAAGCCAGGGACUCUCUGUGGAAGAGUCGCAGACUGCCAUAACACGGUGGGGAGCUACUACUGCACAUGCAUCCCAGGAUUCAGGCUUGUUUCUGGGGCAGCAAAGUUCAGUAAUGAGAGUGAGAACACGUGUCAAGACAUGGACGAAUGUCUGGACCCCAGAAUCUGUAAAAGCCGCAAGUGUGUCAACACCCAUGGCAGCUACACCUGCAGGUGCCCGCCAGGAUUUGAGUUUGACCCAGAAAACCAGAAGCUGUGCAAAGAUGUGAAUGAAUGUACCUCGGGACAAAAACCCUGCCACAAAACCACCCACUGCCUCAACACUGUGGGCAGCUAUAAGUGCCACUGCCGCCCUGGCUGGAAGCCGAUUCCUGGUUCCCCCAAUGGCCCGAACAACACCGUCUGUGAAGAGGUGGAUGAAUGUACCUCGGGAGAACAUUCCUGCCACAAUUCCACCCGAUGCCACAACACCAAGGGCAGCUAUGAGUGCCGCUGCCGCCCUGGCUGGAAGCCGGUUCCUGGGUCCCCCAAUGGCCCAAACAACACCGUCUGUGAAGAAGAGAUCUUCUUCCCCACCUGGAUCCCGCCCCUUGGAAUCAAGAGCCAGAGUCUCUCUCACUUCUUUGAAAGAGUCCAGGACCUGCGCAGAGACUUCAUGUCUGCCUCGGCCCAGGACACCAUACAGGACAUCAUACAGGAGGUGGAUAAUCUCCUGGAGAACCCUGGGGACCUGCUUACUCUGCCCCAUUCAGAGCAGCACUGUGUGGCCACUAACCUGCUCACUGGCCGGGAGCACGUCCUGAGAGAGCUGAGCAAGGCCUUGCCCAAUGGGCCACUGACCUUCAGGACAGCUGCAGGAACAGAACUGUCCCUGGAGGUAAAGGAGCAAGGAGACAAGAAUGUCAUCCUGAGCAAUAAUCAGGCAAAGAUGCUGGUGAACUGGGAUGUGGUGCAGGACUCAGGUGCCUCAGGCUCUUCUGUGGUGGGCCUUGUCUCCUCUCCAGGGAUGGGUAAGUUGCUGGUUGAGGCCCACCUGGUCCUGGAAACUGAGGAGCAGUCAGUUCUGAAUGAGACAGACAAGGGGCUGCUGCAGAAAGACUCCCCCGUACUGCUCUCAGAUGUCAUGUCUGCCUUUGUGAGCAACAAGGACACUCAAAACCUCAGCUCCCCAGUCACCUUUGUCUUCAAGCAUGUGAGUGCUGUGAUGCCGGAGCCAAGGCAGAAGGUGUUCUGUGUUUUCUGGGAGCCUGGCCAGACGGGGUGUGGUCAUUGGUCCUCCAAAGGCUGCUGGAUGGUGGGCACCAGAGACACCAGCACCACCUGCCAAUGCAGCCACCUCAGUAGUUUUGCCGUCCUCAUGGCCCACUAUGAUGUGCAGGAGGAGGAUCCCGCCCUGGCUGUGAUCACCUAUGUGGGGCUGAGCCUCUCUCUGCUGUGCCUCCUCCUGGCGGCCCUCACCUUCCUGCUGUGCAAAGCCAUCCAGAACACCAGCACCUCAGUCCACCUGCAGCUCUCUAUUUGCCUCUUCCUGGCCCACCUGCUCUUCCUCACGGCCAUCGACAAAACUGAGCCUGAGGUGCUGUGCGCCAUCAUCGCGGGUGCCUUACACUAUCUCUACCUGGCCUCCUUCACCUGGAUGCUGCUGGAGGGCCUGCACCUCUUCCUCACUGCACGCAACCUGAUGGUGGUCAACUACUCCAGUGUGAGCAGGUUCAUGAAGAAGUUCAUGCUUCCUGUGGGCUACGGAGUCCCAGCUGUGAUUGUGGCCAUUUCUGCAGCAUCCAGGCCUCACCUUUAUGGAACACCUGCUCGCUGCUGGCUCCACCCAGAAAAGGGAUUUAUAUGGGGCUUCCUUGGACCAGUCUGCGCCAUCCUCUUUGUCAAUCUAGCUUUCUUUCUGAGGACCCUCUGGAUUUUGAAAAGCAAACUCUCUUCACUCAACAGUGAUGUGUCCACCCUCAAGAAUACAAGGAUGCUGACAUUUAAAGCGAUAGCUCAGCUCUUCAUCUUGGGCUGCACAUGGUGUCUGGGAAUCCUGCAGGUGGGUCCAGCUGCUCACACCAUGGCCUAUCUCUUCACCAUCAUCAACAGCCUGCAGGGCGUCUUCAUCUUCCUGGUGUACUGUCUCCUCAACCAGCAGGUCCGGGAGCAAUACAGGAAAUGGUGGAAAGGAGUCAGGAAAACCAAAGCUGACUCUGAGAAGUACACACUCUCCAGCAGAGCCAUGUCAGAUGUCCCUAAACACAAUGUGGUAAGGUCAUGCAUUGCUCCAGAGCACUUCACUGAUAGAGUACCUCAUGCCAACACACUGGACAAUCUGGGUAUAUAG